AUGGCCCCUUCCGCGAUUUCGGAGACGCUGCCAAGCCCCUUACCAACCAAGGCGAAGAGCCCGCAGCCGGCAGAGGAUGGUCAAGUCGUCAGGGCCGGCUUGGAGAAGACGCCCCUAGAGGCUAUUUCACAUGGUCCGGCUCUUUCAGGCAUUCCGACGUUUCCAUCUUUCCACGAGGAACGGAAGCAUGUACUUACGCACAUGGCUGCGACCUUCCGGUUCUUUGCCCGGCAGGGAUACACAGAGGGUAUGAGCGGACACAUCUCUGUGCGAGACCCAGAAUUCGCGAACCUGAUGUGGAUGAACCCUUUGGGCCGUCAUUUUGGGUGCUUGACUGCAGGCGACAUGAUCUGCCUUGAUAUCCAGACCGGUCGGAUCGCCGGUGGCAACACCAGCCGUCCUGCCAAUGCGGCCGGAUACCUGAUCCAUUCCGCAGUCCACAAGCGUCGCCCUCACAACAUCCAUGCCAUCUGUCAUGCGCAUACGAAUGCCGGCCGGGCAUGGAGCGUCUUUGCGCGGCCGCUCGACAUGCUGAGCCAGGAUAUCUGCAACUUCCACAACGCCCACGCCGUGUACGCCAACUACGGUGGCAUUGUCUUCGCUUCGGACGAAGGCGAGAACAUUGCCGAUGCCCUGGGCGAAAACAACAAGGGUGCCAUCCUCAUGAACCAUGGUUUGAUUACGGUUGGGGAGACGGUUGAUGAGGCCGGUUUCAUGUUUGGAUUGCUGGACCGCGGGUGUCAGAUCCAGCUGCAGGUCGAAGCUGCGGCCGCAGCUGGCAUCAAGAAGAAUAUCAUCAGCGAUGAAGAGGCUGCGUACAACUUCACGAUGGCCAGCGAGAAGCACGCGCUCUACCGUGAAGCACAGCCGGACUUGGAAUACGAGUUCAUGAUGGCCGGCGGCGAGGAGGUCAUCGGCAAGGGAUUCGAGGCUUUGCAGUCUCUUGCCCCCUGA